AUGGACAAUGUGUCUCACGAAAAUGAUCGACGGCGACACGUUCGCGAUUCCCACUCGACUGCGGAACUCGACGAGCUCGUGACGAGCACACAGAAUGCGCGAGUACGAUUUUCUGUCGACGACGAAGCGUAUCAUGAUACCAGUGCAUCUUUGAAUGCUCUCGAGACGACGACAUCCAAGGAAACGAAGGCGAAUGGACUGAUAGAAACGGACAUUAUCCUCCCAAUGGGCGCGGAAGAGCUCGGAGCCUGCCGAGGUUUUAUGGAGAGGAUUUCUAUAUCCGAAUGGGCGAGGCUUGGUGCAAAACGCAGAGGAAAAGACGGCUCAAAGCAAGCUUGGUAUGCAAAGUGGACGGUAAAGGUCCAGCUCGCAUUCCUCAUCGCGGUCUUCGUGACGAGCAUGGUAUUCUCCAUUCAUAUCUAUCACCAUUCGCAUUUCAAGCCAUAUCCAUGGCGUAUUCAUUGUGCUUCACAGCCUGAAUUUCCUAUGCAAAAAUACCUCGACUCGGAGCAGGUCGGCGUCUUUGUAGGUGUAAUGACCAUGGCGAGCGAGAAGGCUGCAAAGAGGAGAAAUCAGAUACGUAAUAGUUGGGCGAGUCAUUGGGCAAGUCGAGGACGCUGGGCUACAGGAGGUGUACUCACCCAGGAUGAACUGCGUUCGCACGCAGGGAAUCCCAACGCACUCGAUCCAACUGCGAGAACGGUCGUCCGGUUCGUAAUGGGACACCCAAGGCCAGAGUGGCGAGAGCGUAUUCAACAGGAGAUGAGUGAAUACAAUGAUAUCAUCAUCUUGCCGAUGCGCGAGAACAUGAAUGACGGCAAAACGUUUGCCUUCUUCGACUGGUCGUUCAAACAUGCACUUGUCCCGUCACGACCGUCCAAUCUCACAUCGUUGCCUCCUAUACCAGACUCUUCUUCACAUGAUGCGGAUGGUGGCUAUGGUCGACGUUCUCCUCGUCCCCCACGACCGUCAUCGGCAAGUGACGGAUCGCUGCAUGGUUGGGCGUUGCACAACGCCUAUGACAGACGCCCGCCAGCACCGCACGAUCCAGUUGGCCACAAUGGAGAACGAUCUGCAGUUAAAGAUGGAUGGACGCGACCUGAUUUUGUGGUCAAAGCAGACGACGAUUCGUUCAUUAUGCUGGCAGAACUGGAGGCUAGGCUACGAGUGCUGGAUAGAAAGGGUGUUUAUUGGGGGUAUCCUGUUCGGGCAGGUCACGUCGACUUUCAUGCGGGCGAAGCGUAUGCCCUUUCGUGGGAUUUGGUUGGACAUGUUUCGACAUACGCACAUCGGCACGAGCGAAGGUCGGGCCAGACUACCUUGUCACUCAAUGCCACUCUGGAAUCGGAUGUGCGCGGGAAGCCACCUCCGCUACCGGACUUGAUAAAAUCCUCCUCGCGUCGUCGCGCGUCCGAAGUGCUACGUGGACGUAAAAGUCAUUGGCAUGGCAAAGGACGCAAACUAUUCCAGGAUCUAUCCCUCAACAUUGUGGGCCGCGAAGAUCAGGUGACAGCUGGGUGGAUGAAAGACCAUGGCGAAGAAUGGGGAGUGACAUGGUACGAUGAACGUUGUUGGGUUUACGAUGGCCCUAAAGCGGGCACGGUCUAUUCCAAGGGGUUCCUCUUCCCGGACGAGGUGGCGAGAAUUCGAACAGAAUGGUCUGCGGACGGGAGACAGAUCGAGCCUUCUUCUCCUUCGCCAAGAGUAGGGAGGGAAGAACAAGAGAGUAGCAGACCAGAGUACAAGCGCCUCCACGAUCCAACGUACUCGACGGUUCUUCGCGCCUUUUACCGGAACUCGUACCCCUUUGCUGUCAAGUGGGCGACCCUGUACAAAUCUCCUCUCUCCUUUCUCUCAUUUGAAGGCGGAGAGGACGUAGAGAUGGCGACAGACGCAUUGAUUGAGGGGAGCAAGCUCAGCAUGCUUUCGACCGACUCUGGGGACGACACAUCAGAAGCGAGUCGACGGUGGAAUCUUGACAUAGAACAUGGUUGGAGGGGACGAUACUUGCUGGGGAGCGUUGAUUCACCGCAGAGCCGUGUGCCGAUAGGCGGGUCGGUGGUCGUGCACUACAUUAAGCAAGACCAGCACUGGAAUGAAUGCGUGGGUAUCUUGCUUGAUGCGUGGAAAAGGGAAAAGGCGCAUCUAGAUACGCGCGGUUAG